AGAUUUAUUCAUUCAUGACACGGGGCACGAAAAAGUUUAAAGGCAUGCGUUUCGGAGAGCUCACUUGAUUAAAUCUGACAGUGCGCAUUCUAUCAAGAUCACAACCCCGUGCCAAGAGCUUAUCUACCUGUCAAUCUAUAUAAGCGCGCCAUCUAAAAAGAGAGUUUCCACCAUCAAGAUGUCAAACACGGGAGGUCGGCGACUGAAGCAGUGGCUGAUGGAGCAGAUCCAAAGUGCGCAGUAUUCUGGACUCCUGUGGGAGGAUGAAAGCCGCACUAUGUUCCGAAUUCCAUGGAAACACGCAGGAAAACAGGAUUACAACCAAGAAAUAGACGCAUCCAUUUUUAAGGCCUGGGCUGUGUUUAAAGGCAAGUAUAAGGAGGGGGACAAGGCUGAGCCUGCAACAUGGAAGACCAGACUUCGCUGCGCUCUGAAUAAAAGCCCUGACUUCGAGGAGGUGACUGAGAGGUCACAGCUUGAUAUUUCUGAGCCUUAUAAAGUGUACCGCAUUGUUCCAGAAGAAGAGCAAAAACACGGCAAAAGUUCAGUGAUGGCUGUGACAGCUACCACCAGCUCUGGUGAGAUCACAGAUAUGGACUGCAACCCCGAGCUAGAAGAGCUCAUUAAAGAGGAGGAAAGCUGUAGCAUCCAAGCCAGUCCAGAAUAUUGGUCCCAGGGCAGUGUCAAUGCUUUCCCACUGCAUCAGGAACCUUUGCCAUCGAGCAGUCUCAGUUCAGCCCUCUGCCAAAUGAUGAUCAGUUUUUACUAUGGAGGAAAGCUGAUGCACUCCACACUGGUGACUCAUCCUGAAGGAUGCCGAAUCUCUCCGCAGCAUCCCCUGGGUCGGGGUGCCCUCUACAGUUCAGACAGCAUGCAGAGUGUUUAUUUCCCCCCUGCUGAACUCAUUGAGUAUGAACGGCAGCGCUAUGUCACGCGCAAGCUUCUGGGCCACCUGGAGAGAGGUGUAUUGGUCCGUGCAAACCAAGACGGCAUCUACAUCAAAAGGCUGUGCCAGAGCCGUGUCUUCUGGAGCGGAUUGGGAGAUGUGGGCUCGCAAUAUGGCUCAAUGCCUGGCAAACUCGACAGGGAUGCUGUUGUCAAGAUCUUUGAUACAGCAAGGUUUCUUCAAGCUCUACAGCUGUACCAGGAGGGUCAGAUUCCUGCUCCUGAUCCAACAGUGACUCUGUGUUUUGGAGAAGAGUUGCAUGAUCACAACAGUGCCAAAAACAAACUGAUCAUCGUCCAGAUCACUUCAGUGAACUGCCAGCACGUGCUUGAGACAAUGAACAUGCGUCGUGCCCAGCCUUAUUGCAACAACCCAAACCUAGAGAUGUCUGAUGAUGCGGCCACUGACCAGAUGGCUCGCAUCUACCAGGAUCUGUGCAGCUACAGUGCUCCUCAAAGGCCAACUUACAGGGACAACAUGCCAAUCACUGCCUAAGAUGUGAGCAGUAAUACCUGACAAGAGCUCUUCAGCUUGCUCUAAACUGAAUACAGAACAUAAGAAGAACAUUCUUUGCUUUUCUAACACACGCUGGCGAGCCAAACGUGAAAGAGCACAUUUCUUCUUUGACUAUAAGACUUUAAAGCUGAAGCUCCAUAUUAGAAAGUCGACAAAUUUUUCUAUACAAGUAAUGUUUACUUUUGUGUAAAUACAGGGCAUAACUCUGCCUAACGUCUGAUUCAUUUUUGUAAGAUGUUUUUUUAUUAUCCAACUUAAGAGAACAGGUAGCAUAUUCAUGCAUGUUCAAAUACUGUAUUUCCUACAACUCAAGUCUUUAUAGAUACAAAUCUUUCAUAUCUAUAAAGAUUUCUAUUCAAAGUCUUUUUGCAAAAUGGCAGCAGUUUGAUAUAUAAAAGCAAUUUAGUUUGCUACACUGAAUUUUAUUUUUGAUAUUCUAUCUUUUUUGUACUUUUUGAGUUUCUUUCUUGUUUGACAACCAGCUGAAUAAACAACCAAAUUUUUAUCAAGUGUUGAGUUGAUAAAAGUUGCAUAAAGUUUUAGAUGCAAAGUGGCAUUUAAUGAAAGAUAGGUUUUACUAUCAGACUUUUUAAAUGAUUGAUCUUUAGUUCAACCUUUUGUAGACCGUGUUUCAAAUAAAACCUUUUUUACUGAACUACAUUUGUAUUCAUUUGUGUGCAAUCAUACUUAUGUGUUGUUUAAAAAGGACUAUUUUGCAAAAAUGGCCUGUAGAGAAAGUACUAUUGUUCAGAUCAAGGAAAUUACAUGAAAUAAUGAUAUAUGUGUUAAAAUGAUGCCAGCAUAUUCUCAAAGCACACUGUAAUGAAACCAGGGAUUCCAUUUUAUUAUCCUAUGCUUGGUAGUCCAGGAAUGGUUGGUAUUGCAAGCUAAAGUACGCACAAUCUAAGCACUUAUUGAAUUUCCUUCAUUUUUUUGAGCACUAUUUCAGUGACAGUUUGUCAAAAUGGAGAAAAUAGAAAGAGAGGCAAUCUUACCAGUGUAGAGAACAAAAACUUAGUCCAAACUACUCACAGUUUAUAACUAGUAUGAACUCAAGCCCUACUCACACAGGCCUAGAGACUGGUCUGGAACACUGUAACAAUGGUUUCCCUGAAAAUGAGUUUCCCUGACCAGUUGAUUAGCUGGAGGUUCCUGGCUGUCACCAGUUGAAAUCAGCUCCACAGAGGGUGCUGUGCCAAAAAG